UAUUGAAUAAACCAACAUAAAUGUUAUAGCAACAAUCAAUUAAAACACCCAAAAGAGAGAAAUUAAAUAAAAAUGGGAAUUUUUCUAGGGCAUUUUAUACCUGGUUUGGCUCUGACAAUUCUUGGUAUAUGGCACACAAUCAACACCAUCAAAUCCUACUACCUUAAAGGCCCUUCAAAUUUUAUCACCAAAUUUUGGUACCCCUUUAACAAUUCUCUCUUGUUUCCUAAAGAGUUGGAGCUCAUACUCAUUCUGUCCUUUUCUAUCUUAGCAAUCAUCCUUCAACUCCUCGACUACCCUCGUUUCCAUCUUGCUUUCAAGCUCGAUAAUUUUGAGCACGCAACCAUGUUCCUCCACCUAGCGAUCUUCACAAGUUUUGCGUUAUUUGCUGAGUUCACUCAAAUAUCUGACUCGGUUUCUAGUCUUAUCGGAAUCAUGGUUGCAUCGGUUUUUGGUCAAGAACUUUUUCUGCUUCAUUUUCACUCGACUGAUCAUAUUGGUCUCGAAGGCCAAUACCAUGGAUUGCUGCAGCUCAUCGUGUUAGUGUCGUUCCUUACUUCUGUAGCUGUUACCGUCUUUCCUGCCUGUUUCCCUGCAGCACUUGUACUUUCGGCUUCUGUGGUUUUUCAAGGAUGUUGGUUUAUUAACAUGGGAUUUAUGCUAUGGGUUCCCAAGUUUGUUCCGAAAGGUUGUUUUAAACAGACAGGUGGAUUAAACAAUGGUACGAUGGUGCUCGGAGCAGUCAUAUGUAGCUCCCUCGAGGCUGAUUUUAGAGCGCGAGCACUGGCUAAUUUGCAGUUUAGUUGGGUGCUUGCCGUGAUUUUUAUGUUUAUGGGAUUUUCUUGCAUGAUUCUUGCCAGGAAAGGGACUCCAAGGGUUUGGCAAUUGACUGCAUAUGAACAGCUUCAGAUUCGGAGAUCUGAUUCUCUUGUAACUAAUGAUUCCUUCAAGCAACCUAUUGAGCUUUAAACAUACCUUGAAGCUUUUCUGCACCUAAUUACUUUAGAAUAAUGUAAGAAUGAAAACUUGUUUGUCUAUUUAACAGUUAAACAUUCAAAAGAGACAAGCGGGUAUAAAGAAUUAUCGACUAUUUGGCAAAUAGCUGAUAGUUGAUUACAGUGGCUGAUUUAACUGGUUUGACCAGCUGAUUUUGAGUUGUUGCUAUAAGCAGAUGUAUCAACCAGCUAGUUUACCAAACAUUGUCAUUAGUUGGUUUGACUACUCAACCUCUCUAUUUAUAUAAGCUAAAAUU